AAAACAAUGAAAAGCUUCCACCUUUAUAACUCUCUCCUUCCGGUUCUCUUCUUUAGCAGCCUCUUGAGACCGCGGUUGCUUUCUCGUGUGUUGUUUUCAUCUUGUUCUUGCUGUUUUUGAGAAUCCACUGAAGGUUGCAUAGAUUCAAAGAAGCUUAGGCAUAGCAGACAAGAUAAUGGUUGCAGCUAGUGAUAAAAGGUGCGCGGAUGAAAUUCAGGAAGAUUCAAAAUCUCCGAAAGGACCAAAUAAUGAUGGAAGCAAUGGUGAGAUCCCGUUUUAUGUUCGAACAUCUCAGAGAGGAUUGCUUAGUGAGAAAAAAAUCCAGACAAGUAAAUUUAAGAACAUUGCCACAGCCUUCAGUGGUAGAGCUAAACAUAUGAAAUUUGGAUCUCAGGGUAAGCAAUCUCCCCCUUCUUCCAAGUUCCAGCGGGUUGCCAAUGAAAGAGAUGAGAUAUCAUUUUCAGUUUCAGUUUCUUCUCCUGCCAAUGGAAGUUCUUCUAAGAAUUUUCAUGUGCCUUUUUUUAAGAAAAUUGAUUGGGCUUCACUGUGGGUAUUAUGCAAAGAAUGGAUAAGAAAUCCUUUUAACAUGGCACUCUUUGUUUGGGUGACUUUUGUUGCCAUUUCUGGGGCUAUCUUAUUCCUCGUCAUGACUGGAAUGUUGAAUGGUGUUUUGACAAAGAAAUCACAAAGAGACACCUGGUUUGAAGUUAACAACCAAAUCUUGAAUGCGUUGUUUACUCUUAUGUGCCUCUAUCAACAUCCCAAGCGAUUUCAUCAUCUUGUGCUUUUGUGCCGAUGGAGACCGGAAGAUAUCUUAAGGCUCAGGAAAAUUUACUGCAAAAAUGGAACAUACAAGCCUAACGAGCGGAUGCAUAUGAUGAUUGUGUUGUUCUUUCUCCACCUGAAUUGUUUUGCUCAGUACGCUCUGUGUGGUCUUAACUUGGGAUAUCCCCGAUCUAAGCGUCCUGCAGUUGGAGUUGGACUAUGUGUUUCAGUCUCUAUGGCUUCUCCGGCUAUUGCAAGUGUGUAUAAUAUUCUUUGUCCUCUAGGGAGGGAUUAUGAGGUUGAAAUUGAUCAAGAAGCUCAGGAUCAGACCUCUGUUGGUGGUAGUCGUAGUAAACGAAGUCAUACUCACUCUCCUUCAGUCGUAAAGAAGUACUCUUUCAUGUCAAGGGAAGACAACAGAAUUGCAGAAAGUAAUCCUCAAUGGGUAGGAGGCUUGUUUGAUUUGUGGGACGAUAUUUCUCUUGCCUACCUUUCUUUGUUCUGCAGCUGCUGUGUCUUCGGAUGGAAUAUGGAUAGACUCGGAUUUGGGAACAUGUAUGUGCACAUUGUGACAUUCCUCCUGUUCUGCUUGGCUCCUUUCUUUAUCUUCAAUUUGGCUGCCGUCAAUAUCGAUGAUGAGGGUGUUAGGGAGGCACUGGGAAUUUCUGGCUUUAUACUUUGUAUUUUUGGUCUGCUCUAUGGUGGAUUUUGGAGGAUUCAAAUGAGAAAGAGAUAUAACCUCCCUGGAAAUGAUUUCUGUUGUGGCAAACCUGCUGUGACGGAUUGCUUCCAGUGGCUUUGUUGUUGCCCAUGUUCACUUGCUCAAGAGGUGAGGACAGCGGACUAUUAUGAUGUCGCAGAAAAUAAAUUUUACUUGAAGCAAACUUGGGAUGAUGCGCAACUUAUGUUGUCUCCAUUACCUCGUGAAGAUGGAUCUGCUUUGUUCAAGUCAGGACCGAGUUCUCCUUUCCACAGCAAUGCUAGUCAAUUUAUGUUUAAAACAAAUAAUACAGCAUCUCCAAAUAGAUCAAUGGGCGGGUAUAUAUCUGACGGUCAUUUGCCCGUUGUUGAGGAACAUCCGUCGGCGGCUGUGGGGGACAAAGAUCAUACAAUGAAGCCACCAGUGUUGUCUGUUAUACGAAAGGAAGACAACCUCUCACCAUAGAUUUUGCAGAUUGUUUUCUGGUUACAUAUGAAUGUCUCUUAGAUUUUUACUGAUUAACAUAUAUUCAUAUUCUUUAUUCAGUUUUUCGAUGAAUGAUCUUCUGGGCUUUGUUGAUUGUUUUCUGGUUACAUAGAUCUAAUCUUUAUGUCAAUACAAGAUCUUGUAGCUGACAUGCAUUUCAGUAAUGUUUGUGUUCUUGUCUUUAUGGUUUCUGUUAAGUUCAUUGGUUUUGUAUGGCAAUGAAUGUUGAUAAAAACUUUCUCGUCUUACUCUGUUCAAAAAAGAUAAAGAUUAUGCUCUGCAUGACACUUAGGAAAUGAGUAUAGGUGUUUGAAAAAGGGGAUAUAUUUUUCACCAAAUUGAUACCAUGUUGUAUUGAAGAACUGGCUUUAAAUGAGAAUGGUUAUUUGUUUCAUACUGUUCUUUCAAUGAAGUUUGGUGUUGAAAUUUGGAAGGAUUGACAAUUUCAUCAGACAUGUGAAUUACAUCUGUAUCAAGACUUAUCCUGCUAAA